CUUUUUUUCUUCUCUGUGAGAUUUGAUAACCUUGAUUAUGAUUUUCUAUUCUCUUGAUCAUGAUUAAGAGUAUUUGAAGAAACCCUGUGAGUGUUGAUUCUUUUUCCCUGUGUUAUAUUUGAUUGUGUGUCUCAUCAUCAUUUUCUUCAUCUUCUGUUUCUUUUUCUUCUUCUCUUUUCAUCAUCAUCAUCAUCAUCUCUCUCUCUCUCUCUCUUGUGUGUGUGCGUGAAAGUUAAUGAGUAUUUAUACAUUAUGAUGGUUAACAUUAACUCACUUUAAUCACUCGACUCACUCAAUUUAUCUUCAUGUUCUCUUCCUCACUUCUCUCUCUCUCUCUCUCACUGUGUUUCUCUAUCUUCCAGUGUCUAGUUUCAUCUGUAUCAUUAUAAUCAUCCAACUUUAAAUGUAAUCGUCAUAAUCAUAAUAUGAUGUUGACGUUCUGUUCCAAGUAGGCGACAUCUCAACAUUUUGCUCUCUCUCUCUCUUUUUUUCUCUCUCUUCUCUCUCAUUCUUUUCUAUUAUCAUCAUUUAUUAACACCAUCAUCUACAGUGAACAUCAAAUAUUACAUCUUCCACUUUAAUCCUCAUACACCAGCGACAACAAAAUCAAUUCAUCCUUGGCAUAAUCUCAAUCUUCAUCAUCAUAAUCAAUUUUUUGUUCUCUCUUUCCCUCUCACAAAUUCUUAUAAUUGUUUUCAUUUUCUUCUUCUUUUCUUUUUCUGACAUUUGUGACACUUUUUUGUUUCUCUUUUUUGUUUUUUUUUCUGCUUGGAGAGCAAAAAUUUUACUUUUCAACCUUAAAUUGAGCCUGAAUUUAAUCAUGAUCAGCUCACGUUAAAUUCAACAACAAAAAGAAUUUAAAAAAAGACCAACUGAUAAUCUACCUAAGCUUUUACCUUCAAUUGACUCAUUCUCAAUACCUUUUGUGAUCAAAUUAAUUGUUUUUGGAUUUUUACCUAAUACAAAUUGAGUCUAAAUCCAAUUUAGUGAAUAUCAAUUCAAUCACAAUUGUGCCUUUUCUCAUCUCAAAUUAUCUCAAAUCUUUUGUGAUCUAUUUUAUGCUUACCUUUGCAUGAAAUUAAGUUCAAUUGUAACUACUGUUGAUUGUCCUUUAGUUUUCUCCACAAUUAACUACAACAGUUUAAACGUUCAGUAUUUUGAUACUUAAAUUGUGCUAAAUUACAAGCUGAUUUAAUUGUAACCUGAUUGAUUAUGGUGAUGAAAAUGAAAACAAACCUUAUCGAUUCACAAUUAAUAAAUCACUUGGCCUCGUGUUAAAUUACAUCUAAUAGGAUUGAUCCAAUUCAUUGACAUCAUUUAUCCAAUCAAAUUGUAAACAAAUCAUUAUUCAGGAACCAGUGAUUAAUAAGCAAAUCAAUUAUUAUAAAUAUUAAUCAUCAUAAUCAUUCAACAAUUAACAUAACAUCAACAACAACAACAACAACCUUUAAAUGAAAUACAUUGGAAUCAAAUUCUGGCGAUCUGAUCGCAAAUUGAAAAAAGAUGAGGCUCUCAACGUUAAAAGGAUGCCCCGUGUUGAUCUGCAACCAGAGGACCGACGACGUCGAUCAAAAUCAGUUGAUAAGGAUGACAACAUGAAGACUCAUCAACGUGAAAAACGCAAAGUUCGUAUAUUAAAGGCAGCAACCAUGGAUCAUAUAAUUGAAUAUAUUUUACUAUUAACUCCACACCAACGGGAAUUAAAUUUAUCAUCAACAAUUCAUCAAUGUACUUCCUUAAUGGAAGAAGGUCGAAGCGAUGUAACCCAUAUAAUGCAUGUUAUUUUUUGUACUUAUCGUAAAUACUGUUCACCCCAAGAAGUUUUUACAAUUCUGGUAAAACAUUCACGAAAAGCAUCACCUCAACAAUUACGAUUCGUACUUCAUUAUUGGUUAAGAUAUUAUCCGGAAGAUUUUCUUUCUCCAUUGGAAAUGGAUUCACCUGAUAUAAUAACAGAAGCAAAUGAUAAUAUUGAUUUAAUUACUGUUAGUUUGCCCAUUGAUGAUUCUUUAUCAUCUCCUUCCGCAAAUUCUACAAUUAAUGGAAAUACUUCCUCCUUAGAAGGUAAUUGUAUUUUAACAGCAAUUAACAACAAAAACAAUUACAACAGCAAAAACAUUAACAAUGAAAUUGAUGGUAAAGUCAACGAUGAAAUAACGAAACAUGAAACAUGCCCAUCAACUAAUAACCAAAGUAAAUCCCCGAGAAGUUCAUCAAUCUCUCAAUUAAAACCAACGCCAGUAUUUAACUCAACAACAUCAUCAACAACUCAAUUGUCAAACCAAAAAACUUUAUUUGAUCUUUUAUUACUUCUUCCUUGUAUUGAUGAUACUCUUUACCGAAAGGCUCAUUUAUUUGUUGAACAAAGUAAAUUUGAUCAGACUGAUCAAACUUCAAAUUCUCGUCAUAAUUCUAUCAACAAAUCUCCUGCUUAUUGCAUCAUUGAUUUGGACACUAAAUUUGUCGCUCAACAAUUGACCGCUAUUGAUCUGGAAAACUUUUUAUCUUUAAAACCUUACACUCUAUUGAAUGGCCAUCGACAAAAUCCUCGAGUUCAAAAUAUGAUUAAAAAUUUCAAUCUAUUAUCUAAACAUGUUGUUAUUACAAUUCUAAAAGCACAUUCUCCUGAUCUAGUCACAACUCAUUGGAUUAACAUUGCCCAACAAUUGAGGAAAAUGAAAAAUUUUAAUUCACUUAAAGCCGUAAUUGCUGGAUUAAGUAAUGAAUCAAUAUUCCGUUUAAAACAAACAGUUUGGUCUAAAAUUAAUAAAACAAUUGAAUCAACAUUUAAACAAUUAUCAACAAUUGUUGAUGAUGUUGACAAUCAAACUUUAUUGAGACAAACACAACUGGAAAUUGAAGGAACUGCUAAAGUUAGCUUCGAGGAAGAGUCAUUUGGUACAAUACCUUAUCUGGGAACUUUCCUCACUGAUUUAACCUUCAUCGACACAAAAUUAACUAAUUACAUCGAGAAUCCCAAAGAAGGAGGCAAAAGACUAAUUAAUCUGGAAAAAUGUUGCAAACAAUUUGAAAUACUUACCCAAAUCCGAUUACUCCAGCAAAACAUCAAGGCCUCAUUAUUUGCUCUCUAUCAAUCUCAACAAUUAAGUGGCUUCACUGAAUUACCUCCUUUCUACAGUAAUACUAAUGUACCUCGAAUUGUUGUUGCUCGAUUAUUUCGAUCAUGGUUCAAUGACUCAUUAAUUUCAAGUAUGUCAGAUAACGAUUGUUACAAAUUAUCUUUGGCCAUAGAAGCUCCAAUAAAUCAACGAAAGUGAAUCAACUAAUUUUUCCUUCGAAUCAACUCAAUCUAAAUUCGAAAUUGAAUCUUCUCAAAGUAUCUAAAUUAACCAAAAACCAUCAAUUCUUUCCGUCUCCAUCAUCAACCACCUUCAUCUUAUCAAUCAUCACAAUUAACUCGAAAAAUUAUCCAACAAAAUCAAUCAUAACUCAUCAUUUUCAUCUGUAUCAUAAUUUAUAUCAAGACAAUUUCAAUUGUUGGUUGAAAAAUCGUAUCAUCUAUUUUGAAUCAAUGAAACUUGAUAAUAGUUUCCGAGAGUCUUUCAAAUUAUAUAAUUUAUUUAUUUAGUUAAUCAAUUAAUCAGUGAACAAAAAGAUACACACCUUAACAAUUAAUCCAACAAACUUUUGAUGGAUAUAAACUGUUAUUUUUUUUUUGCUUCAGAAAGAAAAAUCAAUAACAAUGAUAAUUAAAAAGUGAUUUAAUUUUUAAUCACCAAUGAUUUAAAUUACAAUAUGAUAUUCUAAUUGUCAUAUUUAUCAAAGGAAUCACCAUAUGAGAAGACUAAUUAACAAUAUGUAAAUUGCUUAAUCAUCAUCAUCGUCACCAAUCUUGAUAUCACGAGAAAAACACUGUUAAUCAGUUAAACAGUAGGAAAACCUUGAACAAUUAAUUAAUCAUACAUUGAACAGACUAAUUUACUUGAUUACAUACAAUUAAAAGAGAAAGUAAUAGGAAUGGAAAUCAAACAUUAUCAAUAAAUUAAUUUGUAACAAUUUAAUCAACAGUCAAAAAGGGAGAAACCAUUGGAAAUUAAUUAUCUCCAUUAACAUAAAUUGACGUAAUAAUUAUCAUUGACCUCGUGGCUGAAUUAAUUGUCGUCAAACGAAAGUAACAAUUGUUACAAUUAUUCAUCUAUUUUUUGAAUUUUUCUUUGAAUUUUGUUAACUUAUUUUUCAUAAGAUGUUUUUGGAUCAAACCUCGAACGGUCAUGAAUGGAACACCGAAACCCGUCGAUUCAAGAUUCCGCUUCUCCUCAUGCGAUAAAAGUACAAAUCUCCACACGGAAAAUGUAACAAAAAGGAUAAAACCACAGAUGAAAACGAACAGAAUUUCGAGUAAAUAUUUAGAGAUCGAAAAUGGUAAACCAGUGUUCGCUUUACCCGUUCCAAGAGGGAACUCAUGCCGAUCCAUUACAAUUGAACAGUUCAAAGUUUUCUUAUAUAUUUGAUUAAGAUCAAAUUGGAAUGUUAAAUGGUCGAGCAAACGAUUUACAUUUGAAACCAUUCUUUCCCCACUUUCAUCACUCAAAUCGACACAAAAUACUUUUGGCCUUAGAUAAAAAUCUCCGUUCGAUUGGAUGAAAAACUUAUUAUACUCUGAAUUCCAAGUGAAUCCAUUGAAUGUUGGAACUUGAUAAACUAACAAUCGCUUAUUGAUAAUUGAUUGUGGUAAAUUGUGAGAAUACAAAGUGAAAUCAGCAGCCCAACGACCAAAUUCACUUGGUACUUUAGGUAAACACUCAUCUCGAAAUGAAGGUUUAGAACAGUUCAAACUACUCGAAUCUACAAUGGUACAAUUAAUAAUAAGUGAACAGUUUAACCUCAAUUCUUCAUCAACCAAUUUGGAUCGAUUAAAGUAAACUAAAACAUAAGGUUGAUAUAAAGCGUUAAAAUUAGUACCAGUAAAACUGAUUCCGUGUUCAAUUGAAUCGUACACCGAUAACGACGGUCGAGUUACUACAAAUGUCGGAGUCUCGAACAUAGUUAUGUUCGUUGUGAGGUUUCGAUUUGAACAUAUUGAUUGAUCCUCGCAAAUUCUAGUCACUAAUCGGAGUAAAUUGUCUUGGGAAUAAUCGUAGUCCCGCCAUGGACAUUGUAAAUAAUCUGGACGUUCAAUUGAAUUACGAUCGUGACACGAUUCCUCCGAUGGAUAACCAGAUAAGGGACCACAUUGGAUGUCACAAAGUCUCAAAGAAUUGGGUUGAUACCUAAAUUGACAAAAACCGUACUUGAAACAAUAAUUAGGAGUCAUAACUAAUUGUUGACAAUCAACUGUUUGAAAAUAGUUGAUCAUGAUUAGAAUCAAAUUAGUAAUCAGACCGAUUGCUUGUAGAAACAUUGGAUAGUUUAAAAAUACUACAAUUAAACUUGUCAACAUAAUCAGAA